AUGGGUGAAGGUGUUACUGUAAAUAUUAGCAGAUAUCCUAGAGAACCUAAAGAUCAAGCAGUCAAACAAAAUGGUCUAAGAUACUAUUACGAUAGUGACAAUGGAACGGUUCUUCUAACGGAUGGCUGGUAUCCUGACUUAGAAGGAACAUACAGGAAGUUUACUCAUACUCCAAAAGGUGGCAGCAUUAAAGAGAUUUUACAUAAUGGAAAACCUCUUUCUAAAUUUGAUGGCCUAGAAAGUCAUACCAAUAUCUCAGUCUACUACUGGUCAUUAGAUAAUACUUGUAGUAAGCCACUACUCAUUCAACUUGGUGAGGGAAAUGAGUACUACACUACUAAUAAUGGUAGUACUUGGACUAAACAAGGAAGCAUGACUGCUGACAUUCUAAAGUCCAAGUUGGAUGGGCAGAACUGUGAGAGGAACCAAGCUCACAUUGUAGACUUAUCUCAAAAGAAUGAAAAAAGCAGUUCCACUUAUUACAAUUGUCUCAGUUGUAAUAAACCAAAAAUCCGUGUAUACAACGGCGGUCACUACUACGGACAUACUGUUUCUGGUUCAUUCCCAAUAUCUGGCUUCAAGAAUGCUGGUACUUGGCAAACCGGACUUUCCUCUCUAAAGACUGUCAGCACCAUCAGGGUCUACUGGGAUAGGUCUGCACCAAAUCUCAUAGUUGUUCAGUUCCAACGAGGUAGUACAGAUAGAUAUUUCAGAAAAAAUGCCAGGGGUGGAAACUCCUGGAUUGAAGUCUCUGCCGAUUCUUCUGAAACUGCUCUCUCUACUACUGUUACUACUCCUUCUGUUGAUCUAGAUCUCUCAAACAUAUCUGGAAAACCAUACACUGUUGGAAGUACUAAAGUAAUCGUAGCUGUUCUAGAUAGUUACAUAGGUGACGGCUACUUGAAACAUGAGCAUUCCCUGAGAGGUAGUCUCUUUAAUGUAAGGAGUGUUCAUCAUGGAACUACUCCGCUUACUGACAUAACAUUUAGUGAAAAAUUGGAGAGUGUUUCUGCCUUCUACUAUGGAGUAAACAAUCCUACAGAUUUGCCUAUGCCUCUAUUGGUUGAACUUGCUAUCAAGACUAGUAAUCAAACCACACAUAAGUACUAUCAAAAGGAUAAGAAUGGAAAUAACUGGACAGAAUAUCCUGGAUCUGGAGGAGGAACUGAACUAGACAAUGAUAAACUCAAGGCUGAAUUGGAAAAGCUAAAGAAGGAGUAUAAUCUCGAACUACCCAGUCCUCCACUGGUACAAAAGCCUACACCGUCACCACCUACUGAUUCGAGAUCAUCUUCAACCCCAAAUAAUAUACAAGGUAAUUCUGGUCACAAGCAUCACGAGCAUAAUAAUGGCGGUAGCCAUAAUCAUCGAUCAGAAGUUGGUGUAAGAUCCACAUCAGCCAAACGAAAUUCUACCUCUUCCGGAGUAAUAGUUGGAGGAGUAAUAGGAGGUAUACUUUGUAUCGCCAUCCUAGCUCUAUUCAUCAAAAGGGUGGGACCAUCAGUGAAAACCUACAUGGCCAGUAGAAGACAAACACUCUUGUAG